AAAGAGGAAAAUUCAUCACCCAAACUUAUGGAUAUCUCUUCCGCACCUAUUAGCCCUCAAAAUGAUGAAACUAUUAUGGGAUACACUGGGGAAUGAGAGACACAGCCAAAGCUAGAGCCCUCAGCCCUUGGUCGUCUUUGCCAUGAGCCAUAAAUGGUUCUGAAUUCCAUGUUUCCUUUAGCUUUAGAGGUGAAGACAAUCGGGAAGGAUUCACUGACCAUUUACAGGAGGUCCUCAAGCAGCAAGCUGCAUGGCAUUAACACAUUCAUAGACAGCGAGAACCUAGAAAAGUGUGAGGAGAUCAAGAGGCUGCCUGCGUACAUCAAAAAGUCUAAGAUCUGUGUCCCCAUCUUCUCCAAGGCUUAUGUUGAUUCAAAGUGGUGUUUAAAAGAGCUUGCCAAAGUAGUUGAGUGCAACAAAAUGACAAUCCUUGUGUUCCUUGACAUGGAUCUGUUGGUCAUUAAAAAACAGAGUGGUCCUUAUACUUCUGCGUUCCAAAGACAUGAACCUGAGGAGCAGCUAAAGCCUGAGGAGGUGAGAAAGUGGAAAGAAGCAUUAAAGAAAGUGGAAAAUAUCUCUGGUUUCACUCGGAAGGACACAGAUGGCCGCUCCCAGUGCACGGCGCACAACAGCAAGUUCUUGCUGCCAGACUACUAUGGUUUCCCCAAGCUCAUUGUGAAGGUCUUCGAACAGGCCAACCGAGCGAGCAGCAAGUUCCUUCAUUUGAUUCUCAAGAAGGCUUCAGAGGUGAAGACACUCGGGAAGAUUCACUGAACAUUUACUUGAGGUCCUCAGGCUGUGUGGCAUUAACACAUUCAUAGACAGCAAGAACUUCGAAAAGGUGAGGAGUGCGUACAUCAAAAAAUCUAAGAUCUGUCUCCCCAUCUUCUUCAAGGCUUAUGUUGAUUCAAAGUGGUGUUUAAAAGAAAUUGCCAAACUAGUGGAGUGCAAAAAAAGAUAAUCCUUGUGUUCGUUGACGUGGAUACGUUGGAAGUUAAAAAACAAAGUGAUCUUAUUGCUUCUGCAUUCCAAAGAAAUGAAUAUGAGGAGCAGCUAAAGCCUCAGAAGGUGAGAAAGUGGAAAGAAGCAUUAAAAAAAGUGGGAAAUAUCUCCGGUUUCACUCAGAAGGACACAUAUGGUAUGUAUGAUUUCAUUUUUUCUCACACUCUAAACAUGUAUGCCAUCAUGAUCUCUAUCAUUUUCUUUUCUUGUUGAUCUCUUUUGGUUUCCUUCUUGUUAAAAAUUUUUGUUGGUUCAUAUGAUGGUCCUUUUCAUUUUCCAGUUUUCUUUCUUUAGUUGUGUUUUCUCUCUUUAAUUAUUGUCUUCCCAAGAAGAUUAUCAUAUUUUCAAUAUUGUGUUGUCAGUGGUCUCCACCAUUGUCACUUGUCCUACUACAUUGUGCAUCAAUUUGUUAGGCAGUCAUCAAUUAUAGUAUAUAGUAAACAGGCUAUAAGGAUACACCAAAAUUAAUAAAGUCAUUUGUCUUACCACUUCAAUUAUGGUAGUGGUCAUCAAUUAUAGUAGAUAGUAGAUGGGUCAUUGGAACACACAAAAAUUAACUAGUUCAA